UAAAUUUGACCAGUGAAAUCAGUCGUUUAAAUAAAAAAGUCUGUUUACCACAUUGUUGAGUGUGAUUAUUAUAUUAUUUUUUGAUAUUUAUUAAUUAUUUAACGUUUUAAAUUCAAUUUGAAUUUCAAAACUUAAAAUGGAUAUGCAUGAUAUAAUUCACGUGGAAAUCUGUCAGAAUGAUGAAAGUAUGUUAUCUCGAAAUGACAUAGAAGAGAUAGUGAGAGCCGAAUUGAGUUCUUUGGAUGAAGUUACUUUAAAUGUGCCGAUACCUGGGGAAAAAUUCUCCAAGGAUAUUGUUAAAGAUCAUGUUCAAUCAGUAAUUUGUUCUAGUACCAAUCCUGAGAGAAUGCACAUGAAAAUUCAUAGCAGUAAUAUGAAAGUUUAUGUUUAUCAAUUAACUGAAGAAUGUGCAGCAACUGAAACAAUUCAAAGUGAAUCUGACGAGAUGGCUGCUGCAUCUCAUUGGAUUCUUCCAUCAGUGGAAUUUCACGGUCUAUGGGAAAAUCUUAUUUACGAAUCCGAUAUUAAAGAGCAUCUUUUGCACUUUGUGGAGACGACAAUGUUGUUUUCGGAUCGAAAAGUCGAUCCAAAUAUAAUAAGUUGGAAUAAAGUGAUACUUCUUCAUGGACCACCUGGAACAGGAAAGACAAGUUUGUGUAAAGCUCUCGCACAAAAAGCAUCAAUUCGUCUUGGAAAUUAUUACACUCGUGGCGAACUUAUUGAAAUAAAUAGUCAUAGUUUAUUUUCCAAAUGGUUUUCAGAGAGUGGUAAGCUUGUAAUGAAACUUUUCGAUGAGGUAAAAAGUCUUUUAGAAGAUCCAAAAGCUCUCGUUUGUGUGUUGAUCGAUGAAAUCGAAUCUCUUGCUCACGUGCGUAAAUCAUGUACAAAUGGAACUGAACCAAGUGAUGCGAUUCGAGUUGUAAAUGCAUUAUUAACACAACUGGAUCAAAUAAAAAAAUAUUCAAAUGUUAUAAUACUCACGACAAGUAAUGUGACUGAAGCAAUUGAUUUGGCGUUCAUUGAUCGUGCUGAUCUUAAACAAUUUAUUGGACUUCCCAGUGAGCAGGCAAUUUACAAAAUUUAUCAUUCUUGCAUUAAAGAAUUAAUGAGGACUGGAUUCAUAGAGUCAGAAGUUUUAUGUGACAUUGCAUAUUUGAAAAAAUUUGGUUAUGAAGAAAACAGUGAAACGAGACACAGUUUAAAAUUAUUGGAAUUAAGUAAACAAAGUGUGGGAAUGAGUGGACGAGUUUUGAGAAAAAUUCCAUUUUUGGCUCAUGCACUUUAUACACAUUCGACGAAAUGUCCAGUUCCUCGUUUCUUAAGAGCAAUGCAUCUUGCUGUCGAGAAGCAAAAAGAAGAAGAUAUCGCUUAAAUAACAAAAAAAGAGAUUUAAUUUUUUUUCUCUUCCAAGUUCUAAUUUAUUUUUUCUUUUUUUAAAUUUCUUUUUCUUUAUUUCUAAUUAUUUUCUUCUUUAUUUUCAAGCUUUAAGUUUUUUUUUAUGCUUUUGACAUGAUUUUGCAACUAUUUUUUGAGUUCUCGUUACUAAAAAUUUAUAAUUAUAAUAAGUUAUGUUUAAAGUUUAUUUAUUUUAAUAUAAAAAAUUCAGAAUAUUCUAUGCAAAAAAGUAGACUAAACAAAGAAGUAUUCAGUAUUUUUUUAACUACAGUAUUUUUCUGUACAUGUAAUUUUGAAAAUUUCAAAACUUACAUUUUUAAGAAAAUUGACACUUCUAACAAGGUGCCUUAUUAGUGCUUUAUGUCGUCGUUUUUUUAUACUGGAAUUUUUAGUCAUCGCAACUACUAAUCAUAAGCUAUGAUAAUUUAUAAAAGUUUUUUAUUUAUUUUGCAAAAAAAAAAGAGAACCAUAUUUGUAAACUGCACAUUUUAAAAUAUAUAUUAUUUAAACUAAAUAAA